AAAAAUGACAUUCGCAUUAUUUCAAUCAGUUUUUUGUUUGAUUAUUGAAAUUCUGUGUUAAAAAUAUUUCAAGUGACAUUUUGAAAAGGGGAAAAAAAAUUUUUUUUCCGAACGAGAAACAAUAUGGCCCGAAUACGACAUGAUUAUUAUGAAAUGAAUCCAUUUUAUCGUGUAAUAUUACCACGUUGGAAACAAUAUCGUUUUCGUUUUCUAUCACCAAGAUUAUUUUGCAUGUUUGCUAUUGUUUAUAUACCAUUGUUUCCAUUUUCAACAUUUUUUUGGAUAUGCAUUUCCAUUCCGAUUCUGUAUUUUAUUUAUCAGAAUAAUUCUUUUUUUAUAGAUCGUUGUGAUCAAUUAUUGUUUGGUGUUGAAUCGACAACCAAUAUUGCCGAUUCAAAUCCUAAUGAUAAUGAAUUAUCCAAUAUGACGACGAUAACAGCAAACCAACAACAACAACCUGCAUCAACAGCAAUGGUAAAGCGAAGAAAAUCAACAAAAAAAUCCAGGAAAAUGAUCAUGUUAAAAAAAUCAAAAGAAUUAUCCAAUUUGGAUAUGAAAACAAGUGAUGAUGAUGAUGAUGGAGUUUCGAAGCAGCAAAAAAUUCGCCAAAAUAAACCAACAGCGAAAUAUUCUUUGAAAACCAAUGAUAAUGAUGGUGAAGAUGAAGAGCUAAAUAGAUCUGGUGGUGGCUGUUCAUCUGGCGGUACAUCAUCAUCAGCAAGUCCAUUUCAUCGCCAUUCAUCAAAAACAUCAUCCUUUUCAAAAUCAAGUUUAAAACAAUUUUUAUUUCCAUUUAAACGUCGUCAACCUAUAAUGACAAGUGAUUGUGAUACACAACAAAGUGAUUAUGAUUUAAUGGAUGAUAAUUCUAAUCAACCAAAACGAUUAAAAUCCGAAAAGAAAAUCAAAAAUAAUAAACAGCAAAGAAAUUUACGUAGUACAGCAAGUAUGAAAUUAUCACCAUUUUGGCGACCAAAAAAAUUACAAUCAUCAUUAUUGAUUGAUUCGGAAAUUGGACAAACAGCGAAUUCACGUCGUGCAAUAUCGAUACCAAAUCUUUGUGCUAUAAAUUCAAUGGCAAAAGAAGAAGAAGAUGAACAAAUGAUGAGUGAACCAAUCAAUCAAACAAACAAAAUAAUGUCCACGAAUCAGGAACCGUAUACACAAACCGAAGAUGAUGAUGAUAAUGAUAUUGGUGGUGGUGGUGGUAGUAGUGAUGGUGGUAAUCAUUUUAAAUAUCGAUCAAAAAUGGCUUCUUCAUCCGCUCCAUCAUUACCUAAAAUGGAAACAAAAAAAAUGUCACGUCUUAAACGGAUAAAACGUGAUAUGCAUCGUAUGUGUUUACAACGAAAUCAACAACAAAAAUUUCAUAAUGAAAUGAUUCAAAGUGACGAUUCUUGUAUUGAUUCAGAAAAAUCAUUACUAUUAAGUAAACAGCCAAAUAAUAAACUAAUGUUUGAUUCGAUAAACAAUGAUAAUUCUAUUGAAUCGAACAAUAAUAAAAACGACCAACCAAUGGCACCAAUAGCCAUUAUGAAUGAACAAAAUGAUGAACCAAUUAUGAUGUCAAUCGACGAUAAUCAGGAUAAUCAGGAUAAUAAUCAACAACAACAACAACAACAAAUUGCUUUAGCUAAACCAAAAAUUCGUAUACUUAAAACAAAAAAAUCAAAUCAAACAUCAAUGAAUAAUAAUAUUGAACAAUCAAGUGAUAAUGGUGUUGGUGGUAAUGAUAGUGGUAAUAAUAGUGAUGAAAUGUCAUCAACAACAAUAACGGAAAUGAAUGUUAAAAAUUGUUUAUCAGAAACGGAUGAUACAACAACAACAACAUUGCUGACGAAAGCACAAAAUUGUAAUAAUGAUACAAUGCGUCUGCAACGAAUACAUCGUUUAUUACAAUAUCCAUUCUUUCAGAUUGAUAUACAUUUAAAAUAUGGUGAUAGUUUAUUAGCAAAAGAUUCAUGCGGUACAAGUGAUCCAUAUGUAAAAUUUAUGUUGGCAAAUAAAAUUGUUUAUAAAAGUCAGAUAAAAUAUAAAACAUUAAAUCCAAAUUGGGAUGAAUAUUUUGUACUGCCAGUGGAUAAUAUUUGUGAACCAUUAAUAUUGAAAGUAUUUGAUUAUGAUUUAUUUUUUAUGGAUGAUUAUCUUGGUACUGCAUCCAUUGAUCUAACUAAAUUGGAACCUGGAAUAACAACAGAUCUUGAACUAUGUCUUCAUGAUAGUAAUUCAAAUGGAAAAGAUCAAAAAUUAUCCAAUCAAUCACCUUGGGGUAAAAUAUUAUUAUCGAUUCGUUUGAAUCCAAAAACUAGAGAAGAACGUGAUUAUUAUUAUAAUGGACGUGGAAAAUGGACAACAAUAUCAUCGGCUGAUGGACAAACAAAUAAACGUAUAAAAUCACAGCUAUAUGAUUCAAUUGUAUCGAUUGUAUUGAUAAAAGGUGAUGAAAUUGAUUUGGAUCGUGAUUAUUGUAUACGAAUGAAAUUAGGUGCAGAAAAAUAUAAAAGUAAAUCCGUAUCAAAAUCUGUUCAUUCACCAUAUUGGGCUGAACAAUUUGAUUUACAUUUAUUUGCUGAUCAAUCAAAAGUAUUGGAAAUUAUACUUGGUUAUUCGGGACAACAUUCACAUCAAAAUUCAAAUUCAAAUCAUCAUCAUCAUCAUCGUAAUCAUCAAUAUAAUCAAAAUAAUGAUUUUAUUGAUAAAGUUUGUACGGAUCUAAGUGAAUUAGAACCUGAACAUACACAUCGUUUUGUUUAUGAAUUUAAUUGUUCAACAACAAACGCAACAACAACAUCUGAUCGUAAUUCAUUAACAUCAUUAUCAUCAUCAAAUAUAACAUCAUCAUCUAUAUCUGGUGGUAAUAGUAUGGUUAAAUCAUUGAUAACGACAACAACAACAACAACGAAAAAAUUGGCAAAAAUUGAAAUGCUCAUCACGAUUACUGGUUUACAAUCAACAGCAACAUCUAUAAAACAACAACAAAAUACAUAUGAUUUGAUUGAAAUGCAACAAAAAUAUCAUCAACAACAACAACAACCCCAACAACAACAGCAACAGCAGCAGGAUAAUUCAUUACAAAAAUUAUUUCCAUUGCCAAAUAUGAAGGAUUUGAAUAAUUUUUAUGAAAAUUUUUUCGAUAUUGGUACAUUGAUAGUGAAAGUACAUAGAGCAGAAAAUUUAGCAUCAGCCGAUAUAAAUGGAAAAUCUGAUCCAUUCUGUGUAUUAGAAUUGGUUAAUGAACGUUUACGUACAAGUACUGAUUAUAAAACAUUAUCACCAGUUUGGAAUAAAUUAUUUAAAUUUAAAAUUCAAGAUAUACAUGAUGUACUUGAAGUAACUGUUUAUGAUGAAGAUAAAGAUCGUGUAGAAUUUCUUGGUAAAAUUGCUAUACCAUUAUUAAAAGUGAAAAAUGGUGAAAAACAUUGGUAUGCAUUAAAAGAUAAAAAAUUACGUCAUCGUGUUAAAGGCCAUAUAUUUCUUGAAUGUUGGAUUACAUAUAACCCGAUUAAAGCAAGUAUCCUAACAUUUACACCAAGGCCAACAAAAUAUGUACAAAAUGAAAUCAAAUUUAAACGUACAUUAUUCAUACGUAAUGCUAUGCGAUUGAAAAAUAUUUGUUUAGAAUUUGUUGAAAUUGGACAAUUUCUACAUUCAUGUAUACAAUGGGAAUCACCUACACGAUCGAUAAUUGCAUUCAUAACAUUUUUAGCAUCUGUUUAUUAUUUUGAAUUCUAUAUGAUACCAUUGGUUAUUGUAUUAUAUACAUUAAUGAAUUAUAUUGGUAUUCGAUUUCGAAGUAUUUAUUCAACUAAAAAUGAUAAAAGUUAUCAUCAAGAUGAUAAUAAUAAUUAUGUUGAUAAUGGUAGUGAUAGUGAUGAAUAUAUUAAUGAAUCAAGAAUGAUUGAUGAAGAUUAUGAUGAAAAAGCUGAAGAGAAAAAAUCAUUUAAAGAAAAAUUACAAACAGUACAGGAUUUAUCAACAUUAAUUAUGUUGAUUAUUGGAGAGGUUGCAUCAUAUAUUGAACGUUGUAAAAAUGCAACAAAUUUUACUGUGCCUUAUCUAACAUGGUUAGCCGUUAUUUGUAUGUCAUUCGGGACAAUAAUAUUAUAUUUUAUACCAAUACGUUAUCUAAUAUUAUUAUGGGGUAUAAAUAAAUUUACAAAAAAAUUUCGUGCCCCUGAUUCAAUUAAUAAUAAUGAAAUUAUUGAUUUUCUAUCACGUGUUCCAGAUAUGGAAGAAAAGUUAAUGUAUAAACAAUUUAAACCGACUAUCAAUCUGGAUGAUUUAAAUGAUAAUGAAACAAUCAUACAACCAAUACAACAACAACGACAAGAAUCGAAUCCAAUCAAUCAAAAUCCAGAUGGAUUAAAACAGCAACAAUGUAUCGAUAGUUCAAUGACGUUGGAUACUAAUAAUAAUAAUGUCAAUGGCGCCAAUACUACGACGACAAUAAUAAUGGAUCGGAAAAUGAAAAAAAGAAAAUAAUUUUCCUGAA